AAAGUGAAGUGUGCCCACACGUUGCAGCUGUCUCCAGUCCAGCGCCCAUUUCCCUCCCAUUUUCUCCAUUUUCCCUUAACCUCUCCCCUCUUUAUAUACCCUUGCUUCACUCACUUUUAACUCUACCCCUUCUCCUCCCACCUCUACCGCCGCCGCCGCCGCCGCCACAACAACCCCCACCCCAUCUCAAAAUGUCACAGCCCCCCCAUUUCUUCCUGUCAUUGCUCGGGUUCUUUAUGUUAUUUAGUAACACAUAUGUCUAUGCUUCCACUACUUCGAGUCCGCAAAUUCAGACCUUAAAUACUAAACCGGAGUACAUCAACCCAAAACUUCCUCCAAGAACCCUCUCCACGUCUAAAAAAUUUGAAGGGUCUUCAGACUUAGUCCAGCUCCGCUACCAUAUGGGUCCAGUCCUCUCCUCUACCCCCAUUAACAUCUACCUCAUAUGGUACGGACGUUGGACCAAUUCCCAAAAACUCCUUAUCAAGGACUUCAUAAACUCCAUCUCUCCCACUGCUACUGCUGCCAAGCCUUCCGUCUCCGAGUGGUGGCAAACUGUCUCUCUCUACACAGAUCAAACCGGUGCCAAUGUCUCUCGUUCUGUCCUCAUUGCGGGCGAAUAUACAGACGCAUCCUACUCUCAUGGUAACCAUCUGACCCGUCUAUCCAUCCAGCAAGUCAUAGCCACAGCCGUGAAAUCAGCUCCUUUCCCAGUAGAUCACAAGAACGGGAUCUACCUGAUCCUGACAGCACAAGAUGUGACCGUACAGGACUUUUGUCGAGCAGUUUGUGGGUUCCAUUACUUCACAUUCCCAUCAAUGGUAGGGUAUACAUUACCAUACGCAUGGGUAGGGAACUCGGGGAAACAAUGCCCUGAAGUAUGCGCGUACCCAUUUGCCAUCCCGGGUUACAUGGGAGGAGGUGGGCCCGGAACGUUGAAGCCGCCGAAUAGGGACGUGGGUGUGGACGGAAUGAUCAGUGUGAUAGGACAUGAGCUGGCAGAGCUGUCUUCAAACCCAUUAGUGAAUGCCUGGUACGCGGGAGAGGACCCAACAGCACCAACUGAGAUCGGAGAUUUAUGUGAAGGAUUGUAUGGGACAGGAGGUGGUGGUGGGUACAUUGGGCAGGUAAUGAGAGAUAGGCAAGGGAGGACUUUUAACAUGAAUGGAAGGAGAGGUAGAAAGUUUUUGGUGCAGUGGAUUUGGAGCCCUGUGCUGAAAGCAUGUGCUGGCCCUAAUGCUCUUGAUUAAUUUUCAGACAUCUCUUCAUUUUUUUAGAAAAUCAAGAUUCUUUGCUCUUGAAUCUUGGAACUAUGGGUUAGUGUGGCGGUGGCGGUGGCGGUGGUGGUGGUGGUGGUGGUGGUGGUGGUGAGUAAUGGUUUGAUUGGGGGCUGUGGAAUGGGUUGGAUUAGUGUUUAUCAUUUUUCUUAUUUCUUUAAUUUUUAUAUUGUUUUUGAGAAAAAGAAAUAUUGUUAAUUAUAGUUUAGAUGUAUAAAGAGGAGAAUGGUUUGAUGGUA